AUGUUGGACCCCAGUCAAAUACAUCUGAAGUUUGGAGAGCAUCUCCAUUCUAGUUGGGUGUCAGAAGACUGUGAGGGCAUAGCCUCUCCAUCUGGGCUGGAUGGCUUGUUUGAGAGACUUGUAUCCCAUAAAGAAGUCAACCUUCUGCCCCAGCAGGCGAUAAGUCUGAAGGGACCCACCCUGACGGACUAUGAUCAGGAACCAACAACUGUAGAGGAACAAGAACAUUUAAUCAAUGCUCUACUAGGCCAUCAGAGAAACCUCGCCAAAACCAUCUCAAAUCUCUCCAGGUUCUCCAAAGUGCUUCAGAAAAGACUAAUUAUUUUGCAGCGGGUUUACCAAGCUGUUUCAUGCAAGCACCAUGUCAGAAAAAUCUGUAGCGAAGACUCGCCUCUCAAUACAUCAGUAACAGGAAAGUCCGAGGACGAGAAGAGUAAUUUAGGAUUGGGAAUGCCACAAGGCAAUGAUGCUUUACUUGAACUAGGAGUCAAAACAGGAAUCAACAUUUUGUUCUCAUUGCUAAGGCAGAACUGGGUUUUAGCAAAACAGACAGGGCAGUUUUCAUUUUGCAAUGACAUUAUACAAACAGCAUUAUCAGUGGUAGAAAACUUCCCACCAUUGUCUCUAUCCAAUGAGACAAAACUAACCCCAUUAGGAGUAGAUUCUCUAAACCAAAUUAAUGUGUUUUUACAACAAGCUUCCAGUCCACAUUCGGAGGCUGAUCUGACUGGUCAGAGACUAGCUGCAGAACUCAUGAUAGCGUUAGCAGCUCAGAGAGGGUCACUUAGAUAUGUCCUUGGAUGGAUUGAAAUGUCAAUGAAAAUCUCAGUUACUGUGUCAAAGAGCAAAACUAAAGACAAAGAUGCUGGAAAAAUCCAUUGGCAGUCAUUUCUAAAGAUAAUCACUGAUAUGAUAAACCCUAUGGGAGGCAGCAGUGGCUUAACCAGUACAAUGCUUAGGGACAUCUCUCCUGAUGACAAUGGAUUGGUCUCUUUGUAUUAUGCUGCAGUUAUACUACUGGAAGAGUUGUACUUCCUGGCCUCAGACUAUGCCAGCAACUGUUGUUCAGGCCCUGAUGAAAACUGCAACAACUCCACAUCCCACAGUAAUGCCAACCUGAGCGGUAGCUGUGGGGAGGUGUAUGUCUGGGGGAGCAACUGUACUCACCAGCUGGCCGAGGGGGGACAAGAGAAGAUAACAACCCCCAAAUAUUCUGCCGUCUUCACAGAUUGUCAACAGGUGGAGGCAGGCCAGUUCUGUACAUUCCUGAUCUACAGUGAUGGGAUGGUGGGAGCGUGUGGUAAGGGCAGCUAUGGCAGGCUUGGUCUGGGAGAUUCCAACAACUGCUCUGUGCCAAAGAAGCCUCUCUUUGAGAAGAAAUACGUGAAAAAGAUCUCAUCCUCCAAGGGUUCUGAUGGUCACUCUUUAGCACUGACCACUACAGGGGAGGUGUACAGCUGGGGGGAUGGUGAUUAUGGAAAACUGGGCCAUGGGACUCAUUCCACACAAAAAAUCCCUAAACUGGUGAAAGGUCCAUUGGUUGGAAAGGUAGUGAAAUGUGUGUCUGCGGGCUACAGACACAGUGCUGCAGUGAUCGAGGACGGAGAACUAUACACAUGGGGAGAUGGGGAAUUUGGAAGACUUGGCCAUGACUACACCUCCAGUAAAAACUUCCCGACCAAAGUACAAUCCAUAGAGUCAGUGGGGCUGGUGGCCUGUGGGGGUAGUCAUACUCUGGCUGUAUCUCAGGACGGCAAGACUAUCUGGUCAUUCGGAGGAGGAGAAAAUGGAAAGCUUGGUCAUGGAGACACGAAUAGACAGCUGAAGCCUAAGGUGAUAGAGGCACUGAAUGGGUUGUACAUCAGGAAGGUGGCGUGUGGCAGUCAAUCCUCCCUGGCCGUGACCUCCUCAGGACAGCUAUAUGCCUGGGGAUGUGGAGCCAUUUUAGGAUGUGGAUCGGCGGAGUAUACAGCUCUCCGACCGAGGCUGGUGGAGGAUCUACAGUCCAAGCGAGUGGUGGAUAUUGCCUGUGGAGACAGCCAUGUGAUAGCUCUCACUCAUGGUAACAGCUUGUCCCACAUACACCAAACCACAUACAUAUAUGUGUACAUGAAAGUGGAACAAAAAGUUACUUUAAAAAUUUGUAAAUAG